UUUUGAGGUUACGUUUUUAUUUAUUUUUAUAAACAAUCAGUAUAUUUUAGUGUUGAUUUUCUUUAAUUUAUCAUAUAUGAUGAAAUUAAAGUAUAUUUACUACAUGACAUAUAGUGAUGAAUUUUAAGGUGGUGAUUAAGAUAAAGCUUGGUUAUAGAAAUAUGUACAAUUUCAGCAGUUUUUAAAAUAAACAAGUCAUAUCUCAUGUUCUGUGCAUAUCUCAAGAGCCUUGAAUACAGAAGAGGAAAUGGGAAUUGAUUAGUGUAUGUUUAUAAUAUAGCCGGGAUAUUCUGUAAAUUUUAAGUCAGUUUGGUAUGCCCUUUUGAAAUGGAAAGUCAACUUAAAAGUGUAAGAAGUAAAUAUGUCCGAAAGAAACUGAAUGGGCAAACUUAUUAUCCUCCAACUUUACCAAGGGUUCGAAAACAUUAUUUCAAAGAAACAUUUUCAAAAACUACUAUUAUUAUUUUUUUUGUAUCACUUGUAUUUUUUUUAAUUCCAAUGUUAUUCAUUAGUGAAAAUUUAAUAAAUUCCAUAACCCUAUAUAGCUCACUGAUCAUAUUCAGAUUUAUGUGUGAAUAUCUACAUAGAUUUAUUUUGCUCUGUGAGGAAAAAUCGCACAUAAAAUCCCGUUACAACAAUAAAUUGUCAACAGUAUUUUCGAAUUUCAUGAGUUUAUCAAAAACAGCAGUAACUACUUUGAUUUUAUCCAUCAUUAUAGUUGUAGUUGUUGGGGCCAGUAAAAAAUCACUAGCAAUUAUUGUUAACAAAAAUGAGUUAUUCUGGUUAUUGCUCAGCAUUUUUAUGCUGAUGAAACUCUUAAAUCUGAACUCCACAAAACUGCAUAUGUCGUAUUGGAUAUCUCAAAACUACGGCAUCGAUUAUGGCGCAGGAAUGGCCUAUUCCUUCUACCACGGCUACUUAAAAUUGUUGCUGACCAAAAUUGGUAUUGGCGACGUAAAUUUAAAGGAGAACAUGGAACUGUACGAGUCCCAUCACGAUAUAAAGUUUGAAGUGUACAAACUCUUUAUUUUGAUACCGAAGUCGUUGAAUUGUUACGAAUCGCUGGAAGAGGGCAGCAAAUAUGUCGAAUGCGCAUCAUCCAUGUUGGAGAAAAAAAUUACCAGGGCGGGGGUUAAAGACAGAGUUUACAAAAAUUCGGUUUAUAAAAUAUUUGAAAAUAAUAAGGAUAUCAGAUACGUUUUAGCUGAGUAUGCAACCCCCUUGAAAACAUUUAUAGAGGUGGUCAAGCAUACUGGACAACAUAGCGAAACCUACAAGGCCUUAGAAAGCGACAUAGUCCAUCAGUUCUACAUCACUUUACAAAUGAUUUUAAAAGAAAAUCAUCUAAACACUUGCGAAUUACUUUACUAUGAAGAUGAAGAUACUGAUGUAGGAGCACUAAUUUUAUCCAGGAUCAAGCAACUUAAAAAGGAUGAGUAAAGACUGAUGUUUGUAAUAUUUGUUGCCAAAAUCUUUAUUUUUAUUAGUUAUAAGUUAUACCCAUAUAACUGCAGUUAAUCACAAUAGAAUAACUAGGGCUUUUAUUUUUUAUGUUGGUUUAGCUAUUUUAUGACAAUGUUUGGAAUGUUUUUUUAUGUUUUAAAUUAAUAGUAGGUAGGUAACUGUUAACUGAUAAAAUUA